AUGGAUAGAACUACAGAGAUUUGUGAUUUGCCCGUGGAUAAAAUGGUUGCUUUGAACCAAUGGGCUAAGGACAUACUUUAUCCUCCAACGCCAUUGGACCAUUUGCACUGCGGAAAGCGGAUGUCUCUGUAUGCUACUGCUUCAUUGACUUAUACUAUUAGCAACUUCGAGGUGAUUUUCGGUGGCACAAUGUACUUUCUUUUUGCACCUCAAGAUUCUGCUGCAAACUUUGCAGCAGGUCUUUUAUUCCUAAUUGUUGUGCCCAGCGGUUCAAAGGAGGAAACAGGACUCAUAGAAUUCCACUUGUCUGAUAAUACGCCCGGUAAUCAUACAGUUGGAAAUAUUCUGCAUGACAGAACUCUUGACACUUCUAUCACAAGGACCAUUUUGUAUCCAAAUACAUUGUUUAAGCUUACCAUUGAAGGAUUUUUGAUUACACGCGAUAAAAUAGACAGAGACCUGUUGUGUGGCCAGUGUAAUUGUUGUGAUAUAGACGAAUGCCGUCUCAGAUUGGAGGCGUAUAUUUUUCAUUCAAGUGCAACUCCAACGAUGUUGAAAAUUGUCCUGGUCAUUAGAGAUGAAAAUGACAAUUCUCCCACUUUUCCUUGGUCACCGGAUUAUAGUUGGGAGCUAUCAAUUCCGGAAUCCGCCACAGCUGGUAGCACGUUUCCUCUACCAGUCGCAGUUGACCGUGAUUCGCCAAAGUUUGGUGUGCACAUAUACAGGAUUUUUUCAGUGCCAUUAGAAUUCGAUGUGGCUAUGACGCAUCCCGUUUUUAGCUUAAUCACGUCAAAUCGCUCAGCCAAUGCACCACUAUUAAAGCUUAACACAGCUUUGGAUAGAGAAGCGAGAGCAAACUACGAAUAUUUGCUUGUUGCUGAAGACGAUGGUCCUUUCACUUCAAACGCCACUCUUCGUAUCUGUGUAAAGCUGCAAGAUGUAAAUGACAAUCCUCCGGUAUUUCUAAAUUUAUCAGCGUCAGCCGCAUUGGAAAUACGUGAAGAUGAAGCAGUAGGAUCAAUUAUCUACCACUUCAUUGCAAAAGACGAGGAUGAAGGAAUUAACAACGAAUUUACAUUCGCAAUUGAUUGGACCUCUACUUUUCCGAAUUUAAAUCAGUCAACUCUGCAGCAAUUGAGUGCAAUAUAUAGUAUCCAUCCCAAAACUGGUGAGCUUCGUAUCCAACAACCCCUAGACUAUGAAAACGAUCUGGAACGAAGGGUUGUUCUCAUCGUCAAAGCGACAGACCAAGGUAUACCAAAGUUAACAGCGAGUUGCAGUUUAACUCUGUUCCUUGUAGACGUUAAUGACAACAGUCCAGAAAUAGAGGUUAUAGAUGUGGACUCGAACGCGGCUCAAGCAAGCUUCGAUGCACUAGUAACUGUUGAAGAGAACGAAUCAACAUUAAGACUUCUCAAGAUGGUAUCUGUCUCAGAUGCUGACUCCGUGUCCAGAAGUAAAGUUACUUGUAAACUUACAGACCACUAUGCCGCGGAUUUUAGCCUAAUAUCUUAUUCCCACACUAUGUACGGACUAUAUAGUGCAAGAGUUUAUGAUUUCGAGCGCGAUACCAGUCCGACAGGGCUCUUGUCUGCAAGACUGGAAUGCUAUGAUGCUGGGGAACCACCAAGAAUGAUAAAUCAUUGGAUCCACAUUACCUUAGGAAACAAGAAUGAUAAUGUCCCCCAGUUCACUCAGGUGGAUUAUAAGUUCUCAGUUUCAGAGGACAUCGCUGUGGGUGCUAACAUUGGACAGGUUCAUGCACAUGAUGCCGAUUCCGAAUCACUUGGAACAUUAUUCUAUGAAAUCAGUGCAGAUAACCCGGAGUUACUUAGUUAUUUGCAUGUUGAUUCCCAAACCGGGGUGGUCAAGAUUUUGAAAAAACUAGAUCGAGAGUGGCUAAGCGUUAUGCACUACCUGGUAACUGCAAGUGAUGAAGGCGAGAAACAAGUGGUUUUGAAAAAUGACACAAAUAGCUCAUCAACUGUACGUAUUGCUUCCAAUAUUAGAUCAAAUACUACGAACAUGACUAUUGUUGUUUUGGAUGUGAACGACAAUCCACCUAUAUACACAGGACAAUUACAGCUGACACUGACAGAGAAUAUGCCAACAGGUACCGUGAUCCUUCCUCGAUUCGAAUUCUCUGAUGCUGAUUUGGGAGAAAAUGGCACAAUUUAUUUAUUGAUUGAGUCCGUAACGGCACACUUUAAAUUACAGAUAAUUGAUGGAGGCCAUCUUGUUGGUAUAUCAAACGCAUCAAGACUGGUGACACUAAGUGAGAUUGACAGAGAAAUGCAUCCGAAAAUAGUUGUUGUGCUUCUGGCUGUUGACCAAGGUACUCCAACACAGCUAAGUGCUACGGUUACUUUGACGAUUUUGAUAGCUGAUGUCAACGACAAUGCCCCCUACUUAGUUCACCCUGUGAACAUGUCACUUCUACCAGAGACUUCAGAUCCUGGUUUAGGCUUCGGGAGUGCUUACGCUUCGAUCUCAACAGAUUCACUAAAAGAUACUUUAGUCGCAGUCAUUUAUGGAAGGGAUAACGACUUAAAUAUGAACGGAGUAGUGAAAUACAAAUUAGUUGAGGAGUCGCAAGAUGUCAACACCGAAAGUUUUAGCCAUGAAUCGGAUGCGGGAAUAGAUUCUGGAGGAGCUCGGAAAGCCUUUGGACCAGUCCUACAAGGAUUCCAUUAUUUUUCUUUAGACUCGACCAACGGACGCCUUACCACAAAGUGGGGCAAGGCAGAAACCACGAAAAAUGGUAAGUCACUCGAAGAAAAAGAAAAAGAGGUGUCUGUUAUCCAAAAAACACCAAACCCUGGUAUAUAUUUCUUGCUAGUAGAGUUAUCAGAUAGCGGUAUACCACCCCUGAUCACAAGGACGCUCUUUUACGUGAACAUCAGUAAGGGCCAGAGUAGUGAUCUUGGAGCGUAUAGUUUUCUUGCGACGAAAAAGACGGUUGACUUAAUAAUGUGUGUAGUUAUUGUUUUAUGCUGCGUUUUACUUAUCACUGGAUUAACCGGAACUAUUACCUGGGUUCGUUUUCGAGCAGAAAUAUGUCGUACCUCAUCGAAACAAAAUAAGGGCAAUUUGAACUACACAGAUUCGGCAGUUGUGUCAGUAUUUUUCAUCCUACAUACCGUUCUGGAUUUUACAGCCUAA